UUCCAUCGAGAGACCAAUCGAAAAUUGGAAGUCAAUGCCAAAUUGUCAGCCGAGGUGUUGUCCAGCAUACCAGGAUUGCAUGUUAUAGUGCCGCAAGGUGCGAUGUAUAUGAUGGUUGGGAUUAAUGUUGAUGAAUUUAAGGAUAUCAAGAAUGACAUAGAGUUUUCGGAGAAAUUACUUGAAGAAGAGUCGAUUGCGU